CUCACCAUGGAGUUUGCACUUGGCUGGGUUUUCCUUGUUACUCUUUUAAAAGGUGUCCAGUCUGAGGUGCAGCUGGUGGAGUCUGGGGGAGACCUGGUGAAGCCUGGAGGGCCCCUGAGACUCUCUUGUGCAGCCUCUGGAUUCACCUUCAGCAGCUACUACAUGCACUGGGUCCGCCAGGCUCCAGGGAAGGGGCUACAGUGGGUCGCAGCUAUUAGCAGUGGUGGUAGCACAUAUUACACAGACUCUGUGAAGGGCCGAUUCACCAUCUCCAAAGACAACGGCAAGAACACACUGUAUCUGCAGAUGAACAGCCUGAGAGCCGAGGACACGGCCGUGUAUUACUGUGCCAGUGACACAGUGAGGGGACUUCAGUGUGAGCCCAGACACAAACCUCACUGCUGGGUUUUCCUUGUUGCUCUUUUAAAAGGUGUCCAGUGUGAGGUGCAGCUGGUGGAGUCUGGGGGAGACCUGGUGAAGCCUGGGGGGUCCCUGAGACUCUCCUGUGCAGCCUCUGGAUUCACCUUCAGUAGCUAUUGCAUGAGCUGGGUCCGCCAGGCUCCAGGGAAGGGGCUGCAGUGGGUCGCAGGUAUUAGCAGUAGUGGAAGUAGCACAUACUACGCAGACUCUGUGAAGGGCCGAUUCACCAUCUCCAAAGACAACGGCAAGAACACGCUGUAUCUGCAGAUGAACAGCCUAGGAGCCGAGGACACGGCCGUGUAUUACUGUGCCAGUGACACUGUGAGGGGAACUCAGUGUGAGCCCAGACACAAACCUCCCUGUAGAAGGGGAUCUGGACCACCAGGGGGUGCACACUACUCACCAUUUUGUCUUUAA